AUGUAUUGCUUAUUCGUGUGUGUGAUAACGUGUUUGUUUAUUUACGUCAACGCUUGGGGCCGUGGUGACUUGGAAAAAUAUGGACCCUUUCAAAUUGCCUUACGCUCAAAUUUAAUAAAAUGUAAUCACAAUAGAACAUUAAAUCUCGACGUAAGUGAAAUCGAUGUCUAUUUUUAUGAUUUUCCUAGAAGUGAAGUUGAAACAUUUGCAAUACAAAAGGCAGCAACCGGAAUUCUCAAUUAUAAACAAAUAGAUAAAACAAAGAAAUUUAUUAUAUUUGUUGGAGGUUACAAAUCUAAUAUCAACAAAAGAACGGAGGAGCGGAUAAGAGAUACGUUUAGAAAUUUCCCAAACAGCUAUUUAAUCAUAAUUGAUCAUUCACCUUACACAAAUGCUAAUCAAGGUCAGAUCAAAAGUUAUGAGAGAUCAGUCAAAUAUGUUUACUAUAUUGGGAAAGCAUUAGCCCAGAUGUUAACUAGUUUAAAAGAAGGUGGCAUAUCAGCAAAGAACGUACAUUGUAUUGGACAUAGUUUAGGAGGUCAAAUUCUCGGUCAUACUGGGCAAAUUUUUUUUGAAAAUACGAGACAGAAGAUAUCAAGAAUAACUGCACUAGACCCAGCUGGUCCAUGUUUCUCAAACAGUUAUAUUCAAGAACAAGUCCGAUCUGGAGUUGCUGAUUAUGUCGAAGUAUACCACUACAAUGCUGGUGGCUUAGGAACAACAAGUGUUCUAGGGGAUGUAGACUUUUUUGUGAAUAAAAAAGGACAAUCGCAACCUAAGUGUAAGACACCAUUGAUCCCUGGGAUUUUUGAUUCAAGUAAGGCAGCAAAAUGUAACCACAGAGCUUGCAUAGACCAAUGGACGGCAACAGUCAGCCAUCCGGAAUGGUUCCCAGCACAUAAAUGUGAUACAUACAAAAAAUACAAAGAAGGCAGUUGCUCAGCUAAUGACGUAACUAUAGCUGGUUUUUGGAAUCCUGGUAAUGCCACUGGCGUAUAUUAUUUUUCUACCGAGGGUUAUGAUGUGCAAUAA